AUGCUGGUUUGUUCGGUAGCCCGAAUCCACCAAAUCCAGGACUCUGCUGAGGUUGCACCGCAGGCUUUCCAAAGAGACAGGACCCAGACGGACGACCUGAAAAUAGACUACUCGUUUGCACAGCCUGCAUCUCCCCAAUCAUUAACUUAUCCCAACAAACUCAUAUAUAGGGAUCAGGAAUGCGCUUCUCCAGCCCGGAAAACGAAGCCUGCGACGUCGACAGCGUCACGCGCGCAUCCGUCCACGUCUCCGAGCUGGAGUUCCGAAACUCAGCCCGAUAAGCCAUCCUCGCCGACGACGAAGGCGUCUCAUACCGCGAACUCCAGCUCACCCCGGGCACAACAUAGCUCAGACGCAACAUGCACAACCACCUGCCCAACCCGCGUCGUCCAGAACUUGAGUCUCUCCUCCCUCUUCAUCUUCCGCUGUUCAGUCUUCCUCGCACGCUCGCCCUCUUCAACCGACCCUCAAUCUUCCCCUUCCUCUUCACCAACCGCGCAAGCUCCCUCUCCCCCUUCCCAUACUCCACCCCAGCCUGAUGAUGCCGCUGAAACCCCUCCACCCGCUGCCGGGUAUAAAGCCCCAAGAACCCAUCUAGCAUCUCCGCGUCCACAUGCUCCAGAUCCAUCUUCUUGGCAUACCCAUCCAGAAACUCCCGGAUGGAAACCGCCAUCGUCUGUUCAUUUUCCGCUCGCGCAAGUCGCGCUUCGACUUCGGCUAUGGAUGCGGAGAUAG